GAGAGAAAACUAAACACCACUAACAAAAAGAAAGAUACAGUAAAGAAAUGUUUGGAAAACUCACACGCUGCACCACACUCUCAAACAGCACUCGCCACGCUCACACCUCACCACGCUCCACAAACGCCCACGCAUGCGCGAGAGAGAGAGCGCUCCAGAAUAAUCAGUGCCGAAAUAAAGCAGCCGACGCGCGCUGUAAUCGCUGUUUCUCCGGUGAAGCUCGAGCAGGUGCCGGUCUGUAACGAUGGGGAACCGGGGGAUGGAGGACCUGAUCCCGCUGGUCAACCGAAUGCAGGACGCGUUCUCCGCCAUCGGUCAGAACGCGGACCUGGACCUGCCGCAGAUCGCGGUGGUGGGCGGACAGAGCGCCGGGAAAAGCUCCGUGCUCGAGAACUUCGUGGGGAGGGACUUCCUCCCGCGCGGCUCUGGGAUCGUCACCCGCAGGCCCCUCGUCUUGCAGCUCAUCAACUGUCCCACAGAAUAUGCCGAGUUCCUCCACUGUAAGGGGAAGAAGUUCACAGAUUUCGAUGAGGUGCGUCAGGAGAUCGAGGCGGAGACGGAUCGAGCCACAGGCCAGAAUAAAGGCAUUUCUCCCGUGCCCAUCAACCUGCGUGUCUACUCGCCUAACGUGCUGAACCUGACUCUGGUGGAUCUGCCGGGAAUAUCAGAUCGUGCUUGUGCUCUUAUGCGUCUGUGUUUGCGUGUGCGAGCAGGUCUGCGGACGAUCGGUGUGAUCACUAAACUCGAUCUGAUGGAUGAAGGGACUGACGCUCGGGAAAUCCUGGAGAACAAGCUGCUGCCGCUGCGCAGAGGUUACAUCGGUGUGGUGAACCGCAGUCAGAAAGACAUCGAUGGGAAGAAGGAUAUUAACGCUGCUAUGGCGGCGGAGAGGAAGUUUUUUCUGUCUCAUCCCGGUUACAGACACCUGGCCGACCGCAUGGGAACGCCGUUCCUGCAGAAAACUCUCAACCAGCAACUGACCAAUCACAUCCGUGACACGCUCCCUGCGCUGCGCACUAAACUGCAGAGCCAGCUGCUGUCCAUCGAGAAGGAAGUGGAGGAAUACAAGAACUUCCGACCGGACGAUCCCUCCCGGAAGACCAAAGCCCUGCUGCAGAUGGUGCAGCAGUUCUCUGUGGAUUUCGAGAAGCGUAUCGAGGGCUCUGGAGAUCAGAUAGACACGUACGAGCUGUCUGGAGGAGCCAGAAUCAAUCGCAUCUUCCACGAGCGCUUCCCCUUCGAGCUGGUGAAGAUGGAGUUCAACGAGAAGGAGCUGCGCAAGGAGAUCAGCUACGCCAUCAAGAACAUCCACGGCAUCAGGACAGGCCUGUUCACCCCCGACCUGGCCUUUGAGGCCAUAGUGAAAAAGCAGAUCCAAAAGCUAAACGGGCCGUGCCUGAAAUGUAUAGAUAUGGUUGUGAGCGAACUGGUCUCCACCAUUCGCAAAUGUAGUGAGAAGCUGGCGCAGUAUCCCAUGCUGAGAGAGGAGAUGGAGCGGAUCGUCACGCAGCACAUCCGCGACCGCGAGAGCCGCACUAAACAACAGGUGCUGCUGCUGAUCGACAUCGAGCUGGCGUAUAUGAACACCAACCAUGAAGACUUCAUCGGAUUUGCCAAUGCUCAACAGAGAAGCAGUCAGAUGAACAAGAAGAAAGCGGCUGGUAACCAGGGCCAGGAUGAAAUCAUGGUGAUCAGGAAGGGCUGGCUGACCAUCAAUAACAUUGGCAUCAUGAAGGGCGGCGCUAAGGAGUACUGGUUUGUCCUGACGGCCGAAUCACUGUCCUGGUACAAGGAUGACGAGGAGAAAGAGAAGAAGUACAUGCUACAGGUGGACAAUCUGAAGUUCAGAGACGUGGAGAAGGGCUUCAUGUCCAGCAAACACAUCUUUGCCCUGUUCAACACUGAGCAAAGGAACGUGUAUAAGGACUACCGUCAGCUGGAGUUGGCCUGCGAGAGUCAGGAGGAUGUGGACGGAUGGAAGGCGUCGUUCCUGCGUGCCGGCGUCUAUCCCGAGCGCGUGGUGGAGAAGGAAAAGAGCGACGCUGGAGACGAGAACGGGUCGGACAGUUUCAUGCACUCCAUGGACCCUCAGCUGGAGAGGCAGGUGGAGACCAUCCGAAACCUGGUGGACUCCUACAUGAGCAUCGUCAACAAGACUGUACGAGACCUGAUGCCCAAGACCAUCAUGCAUCUGAUGAUCAGUAAUACGAAGGAGUUCAUCAAUGCGGAGCUGCUGGCUCAGCUGUACUCGUGUGGAGACCAGAACACACUGAUGGAGGAGUCAGCCGAACAAGCGCAGCGGCGCGACGAGAUGCUGCGCAUGUAUCACGCGCUCAGAGAAGCACUGAACAUCAUCGGGGACAUCAGCACCACCACCAUCUCCACCUCUCUGCCUCCGCCUGUGGACGACUCCUGGCUCCAGGUGCAGCGCACCGGCUCCGGAGGAAGGUCUCCGGCGACCAGCCCGACCCCUCAGAGACGGGCCCCUCCUCCGGGGCCUCCAGCACGCUCAGGUUCUCGUGGCUCGACCCCGGGGCACCCUGCUGCCGGCGGGCCACCCGUCCCCUCUCGCCCGGGAGCCUCUCCGGACCCGUUCGGCGGGCCCCCACCCCAGGUCCCGUCCCGGCCUAACCGCGCACCUCCCAGCGUGCCCAGCGGCCCUUCUCGCCCCGAGAGCCCCUUUUCUCCACGCGACCCUUAGCAUCCUUUUCUUCUUCUGUUUUCCCCCACAUCGAGUUAAACCCACCAGCAUUACAUCGGACACGAGCAAAGAACACGGAGGAACCUUCCAGAUGUUUUGAGAAACCAGUUUCCGUCUUUGGUUAAACCUCCUUCAAGCUCCUUGUGGAGAUCCAGAAACCUUCUAGAAACUCCUCAC